AUGUCCCGUGCCCCGCCAUGUCCCGUGACCCGCCAUGUACAGUGCCCCGCCAUGUCCCGUGCCCCGCCAUGUCCCGUGCCCCGCCAUGUCCCGUGCCCCGCCAUGUCCCGUGACCCGCCAUGUCCCGUGCCCCGCCAUGUCCCGUGCCCCGCCAUGUCCCGUGCCCGCCAUGUCCCGUGCCCGCCAUGUCCCGUGCCCCGCCAUGUCCCGUGCCCCGCCAUGUCCCGUGCCCCGCCAUGUCAUGUCCCGUGCCCCGCCAUGUCAUGUCCCGUGCCCCGCCCCGUCAUGUCCCGUGCCCCGCCAUGUCCCGUGCCCCGCCAUGUCCCGUGCCCCGCCAUGUCCCGUACCCUGCCCCGCCUUGUCCCGUGCCCCGCCAUGUCCCGUGCCCCGCCAUGUCCCGUGCCCCCGCCAUGUCCCGUGCCCCGCCAUGUCCCGUGCCCCGCCAUGUCCCGUGCCCCGCCUUGUCCCGUGACCCGCCAUGUCCCGUGA